AAGGGGAUUUGUUCCACCGACUUUGGCAUGUGAUGAAUGAAAUCCUGGACCUGAGGAGGCAGGUGCUGGUGGGCCAUCUCACCCAUGACCGCAUGAGGGACGUCAAGCAACACAUCACAGCCAGAUUGGACUGGGGCAACGAACAACUCUGCCUGGACCUGGUCCCGAGGAGAGAGUUCAGCAUGGUGGACCCUGAUGAAAUCAGCGUCACAGAGCUUUACAGACUGAUGGAACAUCGACAUCGUAAGAAGGAGACCUCUGCACCCGCUAGCACCCAUCACUUGUUCGUCCACGUGAAGAGUCUAAUGAGCACCAAUCUGGGGGAGGAGCUAGAAGUCUUCUUCCACAUUUAUGAUGGACGGGAGAACCGGCCUCUCAGUGAAAGGUUUUUGUCAAGCUGAAUAAAAGCGGGUUGCCCAAGUCGCCAGAGAAGACAGAAAGACAAUGCACACUAUUUGUGGAUUUGGGAAGCAGUGAUCUACGAAAAGAUGUCUACAUCGUUGUACAUAUCAUAAGAAUAGGGAGAAUGGGAGCAGGGGAGAAGAAGAAUCUGUGUAGCGUACAGUACAGGAGGCCGUUCGGCUGUGCUGUCGUCAGCAUCGCUGAUCUUCUCACUGCUGACUCCAAGGAUGACCACCUGCUCAAGGUUUAUGCGUAAAACACAGAGA